GCCUUUCCAAAAUUUGCCUACCAUAUUUAAAAAUUCACAUAAAUUUAUGUUUUUUUUCAAAACCAUAUUAUUUUCUAAAAAUCGUAGUCAAAUAAGAGUGCACAGUAUGAACCCAUAGAAGUUAACUGUCAUUAAAAAAAAAACUUUUUUACGCAAUGCUGUAUGUCACCGAAAAUAAUAAAAAUCCAUUAUAUCUACCUGCACGUUUUAUACUUGCAUUCCUCGCAAAUAUCGGUCUGGCAAUUGUCUAUGGCUUAAAGGUAAAUAUUAACGUUACGAUGGUGGCCAUGGUCAAUCAUUCGGCUGCCCAAGGUGUCGAACAUAAUGUUUUAGACGGGAAUAUAACAAAUAGGCAGCUUGGUUGUCCUCCACCGUCAGACACAUCACCGAACCAAUUAGCCGAGGAUGGACCUUUCACAUGGAGCGAUACCCUUCAGGGCACACUGUUAAGCUCCUACUUCUGGGGCUAUAUGGUGUCGCAGAUUCCGCUGGCACGCCUAGCUGAAGUAUAUUCAGCAAAGUGGGUAUUCCUUGGGGCUGCUGCUGUCAAUGUGAUUUGCUCGCUGUUAACGCCGAUAUUGACGAAUCUUCACUUUUCCGGUCUGAUAGUAAUGCGCGUUCUCCAGGGCGUUGCCGGUGGAGCCGCCUUUCCGGCGGUGCACAUUUUAAUAGCCAAAUGGGCGCCACAGAAUGAACGGCUGCUGAUCGUCACAUUGAUCUAUUUGGGCACUACGGUGGGCACGACAAUAUCGAUAUUUUUGUCGGGUGUGAUAUCCGUUCAGUUUGGCUGGGAGGCAGUCUUUUAUAUUAUGGGCGGUCUGAGCAUUAUUUGGAUAAUCCUCUGGAUAUUCCUUGUACAGGAUAAUCCAGAUGGGCAGGUGCUGAUGUCCAAUAAGGAACGCACAAUGAUCAAAAAGUCCUUGGCCGAAAUUCGUCCAAAAUCUCAAGUACCGUGGCGCAAGAUAUUUAAGUCAAAUGCUUUUUGGGCAAUUCUCAUUGCUCAUACCUGCAACAACUUUGGCUUCUAUAUGUUCCUCAUCGGGAUUCCGUUCUACAUGAAGCAGGUGCUCAAUUUCAAUAUCUCGAAAAAUGCGCUAUAUAGCUCCAUACCACAUAUACCUAUGCUGAUAUUCAGUAUUUCACUGAGCAAAUUAUUCGAUGUUUUACAAAGUCGACAAAAGAUAAAACGAAUUACUGCCCGAAAGAUCUCAACGGUUAUCAGUACAAUUGUGCCAGGGGUUUGUCUAGUUGGCAUGUGUUUCAUUGGAUGUCUGCACUAUACGGCCGUUGUUAUUAUGUCUGUGGGCAUUAUCGCCGGUGGUGCUUCGUACUGUGGCUUCCUCUCGAAUCACAUGGAUAUAUCACCAAAUUUUGCUGGCACAUUAAUGGCUCUGACAAACACGGUUGCCACAAUACCUGGCAUUGCGUUGCCUCAGUUAGUUGGUUAUAUCACCAAUGGAAAUCAAACAAUUCAUGCCUGGAGACUGAUCUUUGGUCUCACCAAUGUGAUGUAUUUUGUUGAACUUGUCACUUACACGAUUAUGGCAACGGCGGAAGUCCAACCGUGGAAUGAUGGAUAGCAAAAGAUGGCUAUACAAUUUUUAGAUACUUUUUCUAACUUUUCAGCACUUAUGUAUAAUACUUUCAAUUCACGGAUAACUCUAAAUAAAAAGAUCUAAGACAUA